AUGUACUCGUUACCUCCAAUUCCCUACAGUCAUGGAAACCCUUCUUACAGAGGAUGCCCUUCACCAGGCCACACCUUUUCGGCGUGGGAACUCAGCGAAUACGGACCGUACCACCACCUCAGCGACGCCCGCCACCCCUCUCUUUUCAACCCGUUUUAUGGCACAAAACGCUACAAGCCUGGAGAUGUGUGGGAGGUUACAGAAGAUGAUCCUCGGUUUCAUCCAUACCCUGGCUGGCCCAACCCGUGGGAGGCUCACUACGGCAGUUUGAAUGGCAAUUUAAACGGCAGCGGAAGCUUCAAUGGCAGCUUUGGCGGCAACGGCGGAUUUGUAGCGAUCUCUCCAAACCUACCACCUCCUGGUUCUGGGCUCAGGUCUGGAUGGAACGGCGAGUUCGGGGUGGACAUCCAUGGAAACCGGGGAUUCAAGGAAACAGGCUCCAACGGGAAAGAAUGGCUCAAUCUCGGUGUACCCAGCGAGGACCAUGACUUGUUCAACGAGGAGCCGGAGCCAGUCGUAGAGCGCUACACCAAUGGGGUCAGAGACGAACCUACAAGAACCCACAAAAGACGAACCCGACGCCGAAAACGGCCUUCUCCGCCGCCUCCACUAAUUGAACCUCCUCCAAAUCAACAAAUACCACCACCUCCGCCUCCACCUCCUCCUCCACUUCUGAAAACCAGAUCAGCUGACGCUGUGUUAGAAACGGCCGCCACGUUCUCCCCCACGGCAGCGGACCUCAACCUCCACGACAGGCACUUCUUUCCCAAAACCUACACAGACCACCGUUCGCAGGCAGUUCUUGCCGGAAAACCACCCAAUUGGAUUGACGCCGUGAUUGCAGAAAGCAACCAUUGUCUGGAGCCGUGUGGGAGCCACAUGAGCGGAGAUUCGCCUACGUACGGGGAAUUGGCUACAAUGGUGGAGCGGCUUCUGGAGAGUGGCUCAGAAAUUAGAGAGAUCAGUCCUGCCGAAUGGUGA